AUGGUUAAAAUUGCUGCCGAGUUCCGUUACCAAUUUUCCGCCAAGGCCGGUAACGCCGCCACGCGAACCCCCGAAACCCAGCCCCGGAUUGGAUUUGGAGCGCAGUGGGCUGGAAUGGGCGUCGAGAUGUUAAAAUCUCACCCCGUAUUUAGGGAUUCGGUCCGAAGAUCUGUUAUAUAUUUGAAAUUAUUUGGUUGCGAUUGGGAUUCUGUUAAAGAGCUUUUAAGGCCCAAGGGGGAGUCGCGACUCAAGUCACCCAUAAUUAAUCAGCCGAUUUGCACCGUUUUUCAAAUCGCUUUGGUUAACGAACUGCGCUCCUGGGGUGUAAUUCCUAAAAGGGUUGUUAACCACUCAAGUGGUGAGAUUGGAACGGCUUACAGCGUUAGUAUAUUUACAUACGAGGAUGCUGUCGAGGUUAUAUACCUUCGAGGAAAGUGUUUAGCCGGCCUCGCCGAUUUAAAGGGUGGUAUAAUCGCUGUUGGAUGCUCGCACAAACAGGCCAGCUCGAUCUUGGAAAAACAUCACGGGGAUUUCGGCGGAAUGGUGAUUAUAACAUGUGUUAAUUUUCCAAAUAGUAUCACGCUCUUUGGGGAUUAUAACGCUUUCGAAAAGCUUCGUGGCAUCCUGGAAGGGGAAAAUAUAUUUGCACGUAUGCUACUAAUCGACGUUGCGUAUUACUCCAGCCAUAUGCAGCGCGUAAUUGGGGAAUAUGGUGCUUUAAUGGCUGACAUUAAACCGAUACCGGCCUCCGCUGAGGAUCCCGACCGGACCAUUAUAUUCUUUAGCGUCACUGCCUCUAAAGUGGCCCCAAAAUUUAUGGGAAAUUACUACUGGGUUCGAAACCUCGUCUUUCCCGUCCUUUUUAAAGGUGCGGUUAAAGAAAUGGUUUCUGGAAACGAACCUGGAGCAAACGCCGCCCCUGCCACCAGCAAGUCUCUAAACCUUUUAAUAGAAAUCGGCCCUUAUAAUGCGCUAGGAGGACCCAUCGAACAAAUUCUUUCCCACUACAACUUUAAUGGCAUUAACUACAAAUCGGCAUUUAAUCGCCUACAGAAUGCUAUAAACACAAUUUUGGAUUUCGGCGCGGCCCUGUUUGCCGAAGGUGUAAACGGCGACUUUCAUUGCCAGCUGCUUACAAACCUGCCCCCUUACCCCUGGAAUCACUUUAAAAUUUUCCGUUGCGAUUCUCGUAUUGCAAAAAAGCUUUUAGCCCCGUCUUUUAAUACCAGAAAUCUCCUUGGCAGCCCGGUGCCCAUAAUGGACGAAAUUUAA